AUGGCUUGGUUUCGGCGUUCGAAAAAGGCACAACAGCGCGCAUCCACAAAGGAAGACCAACAAGCGAUAGUAGACAUGUCCAUGUCAGGAUUCAUCGCAGGAUUCUGCAAGCUGCCGAAUGAGCUCAGGGAUGAGGUGUUAUUCUACAUCUUCGGGCUCUUCCCGCACCCAGGAGCAAGAUCGGGCGUGCAGUUAUGGAAUUUAGCCACCAGUACACUACGCAUUUUCGACAUCUUCCCUUCAGAGAUCCAGAGUUAUGUUCGAGAGUACCUGAUGUCGAUGUGGAUGACCGAUAGUACUUAUAUCGCCAUCGACCGACCCGAAGACACUUCGAAAUACCGCCAUUCCAUGGCGCACUACGCCCUCAUCGCCGUGCCAAUCGAUUGUCGCAGCAUGGUACAUGAUCUAGAGCUCCGUUGCACCGGCAGGGUCGUCCAGCGAACGGAGGUCGAUGCGACGGACCUCGAGAUGCCUGAGACCCAGAUUUCUGUAUCGAUGCAUGAUGAUGUUGAGGGCCUUCGACGAGCUUCGUAG